AUGGCGCUGGCUGCGGCUGCUCUGCUGCUGGUGGCGGUGGGGGCCGCCUCCCUGGCCCUGCACCACUGGCGGCGCUACCGUACGUUCUUCUGGCGCCGCGGCGUCCCCUGCGCCCCGCCGCUGCCGCUGGUGGGCAACAUGGUGGACGUGGUGCUGGGCAGGAGGUCCUUCGCCGACGUCGCUGCCCGUCUGUACCGCCAGCUGGAGCCCUACUCUUAUGCGGGGGUCUACAAUUUAGCGAGCCCAGUGUUGCUGGUGAGGGAUCCCGAAAUCGCCCACGCCAUCACCACCACCGAUUUUGACCAUUUCACCGAUCACGCCGAUUUCAUGAGCGUCGACGGGUGCAACCCACUACUGCAGCGAAUGAUUCUCGCACUGAAAGGAACAGAAUGGCGUGAUAUGCGGACCAUAUUAACUCCUGCAUUUUCCAUAGUGAAGAUGAAGAGCAUGUUUAUGCCGAUGUCAGAGAUUUGCCAGCAGAUGACUGAUUAUCUAGACAAGAAAAUUGCCGAAUAUCCAGAGUGCAAAGCAGAGAUAAAUUGUGGGGAAAGUUUUGUUAAUUUUGAGGGUGAUGGGUCAAGGAUCAGUGUAAAGUUUGAUGGACUGGUUAUAGACAAGGACAACUUAUUAGGGCAUUUGAAAGUGAAGAUGAUGCCUGUAGGGACUAGUUUGGGUAAUGUUAAGCUGAACUUGGAUUAUAGAAGUGAGGAGGAUACAAAUGGACUGAUAGACGAACUGGAGAACCAAACGUCUAAAGUUGAAGGGUUCGCUUCCUCAAGAAAGGAAGACAUCUUCACCGUAGAGAUGAAGGACCUCUUCACCCGGGUGGCGAACGACAUAAUUGCAACGACGGCUUUUGGUCUCAAGGUGGAUUCGCUGAUGGACCGCGACAACAAUUUUUACCGCAUGGGCCGUAGACUGACGAAGGUAAACCCCCUUACCGCUGCUGGUUACUUCAUAUCGCCGAGGGUCAUGCAGGUGCUGGGAAUCCCAUUCUUCGACCGAAAGUCGGUGCAAUUCUUCAGGUCAAUGGUAAGGGACGCAAUUCAGGCCAGAAAGAGGGAGAGUAUCGUUCGUGCGGACGUGAUAAAUUUGCUACUGCAAGCACGCCGAGGUGACGUAAGCUCUGAGGAACAAGAGAAGAUCGGACCUACAAAACGCGAUGUUUUGACUCUGACCGACGACGACAUCGCGGCGCAGGCUCUGAUAUUUUUCUUCGGUGGCUUCGAAAACGUGUCAACGGCGCUGGCCUUCUGCAGCUACCUGCUGGCUACGCACGAGGAGGUGCAGCGGCGCCUGCUGGACGAGGUGGACGAUCUGAUGCGGAAGAGCGGCGGCCAGCCCAGCUACGAGCAGAUCAUGGCCAGCCAGUACCUCGACAUGGUCGUCUCCGAGUCGCUCCGGAUGUACCCGCCUGCCUUCGUCCUCGACCGCCAAUGCGUGCGACUCUACCGACUGCCGACCACAGAGCACUGCCCGGGGGUCGAACUGCGACCCGGGGACGACGUCUGGGUGUUUGUCCACGCCAUCCACCACGACCCCAGGUACUUCCCACAGCCGGAGCGCUUCGACCCGCAGCGCUUUAGCCCCGAGAACAGGCGCAGCAUCAAGAAGUCCAGUUACCUCCCCUUCGGAUCUGGGCCUCGCAUGUGCAUCGCCCAGAGGUUCGCUUUGAUGGAGGUGAAGCUGGUGCUGGUGCAGCUGCUGGCGCGGUUCAGCCUGGUGGCCGUCGCCGAAACGCCGGCGACUCUCCAGACGGACCCCAGCAGUCUGACGAUGGCCAUCAAGGGCGGCAGCUGGCUCGGCGUGCAGCGCAGACGCCGAACACAACUGGACAGCGAGGUUGCCUCGUUCGAGGGCUCUCGAGAGAGCGCGUUAAUGAGAAAUUUGUAA